AUUUUUGUUUUACAAAAGCAAUUCGUAUUUUCUCUUUUUAUUUUGCAUGUAAAAACAGCAAAUAACGAUACAUCGUUGGAACCGGAAAUCAGGAGACUAACUCUGAUCAUGGCGUCCAGCGAGGUGACCAAGCUGCAGCAGCAUUUGGCACUUCUCAAGGAGGAGUACAGUAAACUGCAAAGUCAUUGUGCAGAAGUAGAACGGAAGUAUACUUUAGCAGCAGCAUCGGCAGGAGAUCUGAGUGAAACCAGUUUUGUAGCCAGGCUUUUAAUGACCGUCUCUACGCUGUACGGUCGAGAAACUUACUCUGACAUUGUUAUCAAGCUGCAGAAUAAAUCAGUUCCAGGACAUAAGUUUGUUUUAAAUGCUAGAUCAGAUGAAUGGAAUGAGGAUGCUUUGAAACACCUAAAUGAACUUGAUUGGUCAGAUUUGUCUGAUGAAGUUGGUUCAGCUUUAUUAAAGUGGCUGUACACAGAUGUCGUGGACUUAUCCAGGGGAGAGGCUUUUGCAUUACAAAUGAUGAAGUCCGCUGCUAAUUUCAAACUUCUUGGCCUGGUUGGGAAAUGUGAACAAGCUUUAAUUGCUAGUGUUGGUGUCAGAAACUGUGUAAAGUUUUAUUCUGCUGCUGAUGAGAUUUCUGCAUCAGCUUUAAAAGAACACUGCUCUGGAUUAAUAUCAGCACACUGGGACGAUUUGACAGGUGAGGAUUUCGCUCACAUGUCGUCGGCGCUGCUGUACCGAAUGCUCAAGAAUAAAACCACUCAGCCGCUGCACGGUGCUGUCCGACUGUUGAGAGAGGAUGUUGUGUUCCUUUGCCUGGUCGAGAACCACGCUAAUUUGACGGACAUAGUGAACGCGAUGUCGUCGCGCGGCGAGCUACCCCUGGAGCUGGCUCUGCGCGGGCGCAGCGCGUCCAUAGCGACGACGCUGCUGCAGCACUCGGCGGACCCCGACGCGCGCGGCCCGCGCGGUCGCACGCUGCUCCACCGCGCGAUAGACGCCCGCGACGCCUUCACCGCCAACUUCCUGGUCGAGAACGGAGCUGAUCCCAGCCAUAUCACCAAAGAGGAAGGCGACACGGCGCUGCACCUGAUCGCGGCGCUCACGGCCAGCUCGUGCGACGCCGACACCAUGGACCAGAUGGUGGAGAUCGCGGACGCCAUACUACAGAAGGGCGUCGAUAUUAACCGACAGAAUAGGAAAGGCCUCACCGCCCUCCAUCAAGCAGUCAUAGCGAGAAACAACAAGAUAUUCGAUCUGCUACUGAAACAACCAAAUCUCGACACGAACCUGCGGACUCUGUCGGACGAGCACCCACCUUUGUACUUCGCGCUGGUCGACGACAGACGAGCCUCCAUAUCUUCCAGUGAAACUCUAGUUAUGAACGGCUCAAAUCCUUUCGAUACGCCGAUAACGAAUAAAAAUGCUUUCACGGAGGACCCAGUGGAGGGCAAAGGCGAGACCAUCGUGGAGAGGGGUUUCGCCGCUAGGUUGAUAGAGAAGGGAUGUAACCCGAAUCCUCUGUACUCAACGUGCGGGGACAGUCUCCUGCAUAUACUGGCGCAGGGCUGGUUUGAGGAUUCCGCCGUAUUCCUGGUACCUCAUCUCAGUGGCGAGCUGAACCACACUAACGAGGCUGGCCUCACGGCGCUGCACGCCGCCUGCGCCAACGGCCUGACGCGCCUUACCGCUGCGCUGCUCGACCACGGCGCCAAACCCAACAUACAGACGGCGUACGGCGAACAUGAGGAUACUGUCUAUAGACAAACGCCUUUACACCUGGCCGUGCUACACAACCACGAGGGUGCGGUGCUGGCCGUCAUAGAGCACAAGAAACAUCUGGAACAGAGCGAAUCAUCCAACCCUAACCUCGUACCCAAUCUCAACUUGAAAAACUCGGAGGGAGAUACGCCCACUAGUCUGGCGCUUGCUGAAGGCCACAAGAACCUAAUAGCGCCACUGAUAGAGGGCGGCGCCGACCCCAACAUACGGAACGGCAAGGGUUUCACGCUGCUGCACCAGGCCAUCGUCGACGAGGACUCCCGCACCGCCAUAUACCUGCUCGACCACGGCGCCGACAUGAACGCACUCACGGAGGCGGGCGAGACGGCGCUGCAGUUAGCUAUCCACUGUCGACUGGGCCUGGCGGUGGAGGCGCUGUGCGUGCGCGGCGUCGACAUGGGCCGCCUCGACGCCAACGGCGUGCCCCCGCUGUGGGCGGCGCUAGACUCCGGCCAGGAGGAGGUGGCCAGCAUUUUAGUCCGCAACGGCGCAGAUGCAGAUUGUUGGGGGCCCGGACCAGACGGAUGCGUACAGACUCUAUUGCACAAGGCUAUAGACGAGAACAAAGAGUCGCUAGCGACGUUCUUAAUCCGGUCAGGGUGUGACGUGGAGUGCGUGCGGCGCGCCGGGGCAGACGGUGCGGGCGCGGACGUGUGCGCCGAUAAACACACGCCGCUGCAUCUGUGCUGCACCUGGGGCCUGACAGACGUCAUACAGACAUUACUAGAACACGGAGCCAACAUAAACUCGAAAGAUGCAGAAGGCAAGACACCGCUACACAUUGCAAUAGAGAACCAGCACGCGGGCAUCAUCUCGCUGCUGCUGUCGCAGCCCGGCAUCGACUUAUCCGCGAGAGAUAAUAAGGGCGUGUCUCCAUUUGCGGCCGCCCUCACUGCGAGAAACAACAAGGCGGCCCAAGCCAUACUUGAAAGAAAUCCAUCGGCUGCUGAACAGGUGGACAAAAAGGGCCGCAACUUCCUGCACGUGGCGAUACAGACGAACGACGUGGAGAGUGUGAUGUUCCUGUUGUCUGUGGAGGUGGACGUCAACUCGCGCGUGCAGGACGCGACGCUGGCGCCGCCGCUGCACCUGGCGGCAGCGGGCGGCAACGAGCUGCUGUUGCGCAGCUUGCUGCUCGCCGGCGCGCGGCCCAACGAUAGAGACGCGUAUAAACGCACAGCCCUGCACGUAGCGGCGGGCGGUGGCCACGCGGCGAUCGUGUCGGCGUUACUGAGCAGCGGCGCGGAGUGCGGUGCGGUGGACGCAGCCGGCGACAACGCGCUGCACGUGAGCGCGCGAAACGGACACGCGCAGGCCACGCGCGCGCUGCUUGCUGACUCCGACAUUGACGCCGCUGCAAAUAACCUCAAAGGUCGUAAUCCACUUCACGAGCUGUGUUGGUAUAAAAAGGACAAUUCAGCGACGAUUUGUGAAAUCUUCUUAGAGUUUAUGCCGAACUAUCCUAUUAACAAAACCGAUCUCCAGGGCAACACGCCGCUGCUGCUGGCGUACAUGAACGGUCAGGGCGCGCUGUGCCGCGUGCUGGUGCGCGCCGGCGCGUGCCUCGCGCACGAGAACAAGGACGGCAUCAAUAUAUUCAAUUACCAGGUGGCGACGAAGCAGCUCCUACACCGAUUACUGGACGCUCUGGCGGCGGAGGCGCCGUGGGCGGAGUCCGACCUGUGUCAGGAGUGCGCCACCAAGUUCACGCUCACCAUGCGCAAACAUCACUGUCGACACUGCGGGCGUAUGUUGUGCAACAAAUGCUCCAGUCAAGACAUCCCCAUACUGAAGUUCGGCAUGAACAAGCCGCAGCGGGUGUGCGAGAUAUGUUUCAAUGUGCUACAAGUCGGUGCCAGUUAGUUAAUGUAACGAUUACUCGUAGGUACGGCUUUUGUAAAGUUUUAUACACAGACGCGAUAUCUGAGGACUUGGUUUUGUGACGCCAUGUGAUGUUCUCGUGCACCAGCCAGGUCCAUGGAUAUUCUGUCAGGAUAGUAAUAUUUAUACACUAUACGAAAUGUUUGUUACAAUAUGAUUGUUACAGUCCGACAAUUAUUAUAGUACUGAGCAAUCCACUAUCCACAUGAUAUUAAAAUUAGGGUAGAGUUAAGUUUGCAAUAAACCUUUUAUAUUAUGUGUUUUAUGCAUUCAGCAUUGGCCAUUAGCCUUAUGAUAAAAGUUAAAACUCUUAUGCGUAGAGUACUGUGCUGUUGUAAUAAAUAAGAAAUUUUUGCAUUUUCACAAUCUAAGGAAUUUGUUACAUUUUGUCAGUGCCUAGUUUGCGACACCCCUACACCCACCACAUUUUAGUUGUGCGUUCUAGUGAUUACUAGUAUUAUAUUUUCUUUUAAAAGAUAUCCUAUAUUGUCGCUUGAUACUCUUGAUCUCCUGUAAAAUGUAUUGAAUAGCCACAGAAGUUUUCAAUUGAAAUUUAAACAAUUUUAGGAUAUCUUAAAGGUAUAUAAACCAAAGCAAAAUAGUGCUUUUAUAUUUUAUUUUGACAAUUAAAGCUUUAAAUCCAAUUUUUUAAGUUAAGUAAUAUAUUGAUUGUUAUAAAAUAUAUUAUAAUAUCUACUUUAUUGAAUGAAAAAU